AUGACGGGCGACUCGUCUCCGGGCCUCUACCCCCGCUACUGCUUCGAGCUCUCUCCCACUCAUAACACAUGGUGCUUGAUGCACGUAUCCGAUAUCCAUCGCCUGGUAUCGGUUCCAGACUAUGAAGCCCAGGACUUCUACUUCUACAGGAACCUCCCGAUCAAAUGGGUUCGCGUUGUUGGCAUCGUUGUCGCAGUUGACGACUACCCGGGCCGGCGCAUAUAUACGGUCGACGACAGCAGCGGCGCCUGCAUCGAAUGCACUGUCAUGCUGAAGACACCUCCCUCCGCCCCCCAGGGCCAGCCGAAUGGGCAAUUCGGCCUGAGGCCUCAGCCGCUGCCACGGGCUGAUUGCGUGGACGUCGACGUGGGCUCGGUGCUUGACAUCAAGGGCGGCCUGACUACGUUUCGCGAGGAGAUGCAGAUCAAGAUUGACAAGGUCAAGGUUCUAAGGUCCACGGAGCAAGAAGUUGCGCUAUGGGAGCGGCGCACGCAGUUCCGGAACCAGGUCCUCCUAGAGCCAUGGGUGCUCACAGACAAGCAAAUACGGCGGUGCAAGAGGGAGCAGGAGGACGGCGAUGAUGAUGAGAGAAGAAGACGAAAGAAGGAGAAGAGGCGAGAAGAGAAGAAGCGGGCCGCCGAAGAGGAAGAGAAGCGACGCAAGGCUGCCGCCGAAGCAGAAGUCGCGAAUCGAUAUCGGUACCACAAGAUGAGGAAGAGCCAGAAGGCACAAGAGCGAGGCGCAGGACCAUCUUCUACACUACUACGACAUGUUCUAGACGAGAACAUGAGGGGCAAGUACAAUGCCCUUGGCCUUUGA